GCGCACUGGGCAUGCUCGCCGGUGCGGGGAGGGCCCGGGUGCGCGCGGCGAGUAGGAAGCCCUCGCCCCGCGGAGGCUGCGGGAGAGAGCGCGCUGGGCCGCGGCGGAGGGCGCACGCUCCGCGGGGACUCAUGCCACGCGCGUCCCGGCUCGGCGCGCAAUUAGCAGCCACCUCCGCAGCCCGCCGCCACCGCGUCCCCGCCCUCCCGGGCUGCCGCGGCGAGAAACUGCAGCCGUCGCCUCGCACAGGCUGCCGGCAUUGUCCUCCCCGUCCGCCGCUCAGGUUGCCGCCGCUGCCACCGCCGCGGGCUGCUGCGGGGCCCCGGACCCGAGCCCCAGGGACGCGCUGCCGCCGGCUGGCCCGGCGCCCGGCCCCGCGGGGUGAUCGCUGCGUCCUGCGCUCCCCAGCCACCCGCCGCUCCUAGUUUUUUCCCUGCGGAGCCGAGGAAGGGGAGACGUCCCGCCGCCCAGCCUUAGCCCAUCCCCGGCGCGCAGCCCCGACGGGGCCUCGGCGGGCGCGGCGAGAGCGCCGACGGAGCCAUGAGAGAGUACAAAGUGGUGGUGUUGGGCUCGGGCGGCGUGGGCAAGUCCGCGCUCACCGUGCAGUUCGUGACCGGCUCCUUCAUCGAGAAGUACGACCCCACCAUCGAGGAUUUCUACCGCAAGGAGAUCGAGGUGGACUCGUCGCCGUCGGUGCUGGAGAUCCUGGACACGGCGGGCACGGAGCAGUUCGCGUCCAUGCGGGACCUGUACAUCAAGAACGGCCAGGGCUUCAUCCUCGUCUACAGCCUCGUCAACCAGCAGAGCUUCCAGGACAUCAAGCCCAUGCGGGACCAGAUCAUCCGCGUGAAGCGGUACGAGCGCGUGCCCAUGAUCCUGGUGGGGAAUAAGGUGGACCUGGAGGGCGAGCGCGAGGUCUCCUUCGGCGAAGGCAAGGCCCUGGCCGACGAGUGGAGCUGCCCCUUCAUGGAGACGUCGGCCAAAAACAAAGCCUCGGUGGACGAGCUGUUCGCCGAGAUCGUGCGGCAGAUGAACUACGCGGCGCAGCCCAACGGCGACGAGGGCUGCUGCUCGGCCUGCGUGAUCCUCUGAGGCGCCCGCGGCCGCCGCGCCGGCCGCGCUCUGCGCACAAAAGCCAAACGCACCCCACUCUCUCCAUGUGAUUCCUCUUCUUGCUUUGAGAUCGGAGACGACUUUGCCUUGCCCGGGCUGUCCCGGGAUCCCGGCUGGCCUCUGCGGCCCACGUCCCCCGCCUCCUCCCCGCGUCCGGAGGGGUGACCGGUCCUGACCAUCUGAGACGCAGUGGAAAUGUGGUUCUUUGCAUCAUGAGUAGCUGGAAAUUAUGAUCGGGUUCCUUUUCUGCCAGCUUGGAAGGGCAACCCCGUGACUGAUUGCGAUUCUGAGGAUGUCUAUGCAAAGUUGGAUUCUUGUUUCAGUGUUUCCAAUCUGAAGUAUUGCACAUCUGAACUGGGACUGUUAACACUGAUGCCAAUACAGUGUGGGGUGCCAGAAAGUGUCUGCUGAUAUUUGUGGGGGGAAAAAAAUCUAUUUUGUUUACCUACUGUAUCUAAGGGGAGUCUGGGGAAAAACGGUAGUAUUUUUUUUUAUCAGCUGUGAAAAAAAUGUUACAGAUCUGCACAUUUUGUGUGUGUACUAUUGUGUGUGUGCGUGUGUGGUUUUGUGUUUUUUUUUAAAGUUUAGCUUUUUAUUCUUAUUGGUUGGCAGUAACGGAUUUUGAUGAGUAGCUCUUUAAAAUACAGUACAAAGACUUAACAAAUGUGAUUCAGGGCCCCCAGCACCCCUGUGUCUGCAGAGUGCCUUCAAAACUCAGCUGUUCCAGCCGGUGCCAACCUGUGAACUUCCCACCCUACCCCAGAAUCUGCUAUUUCCCCAAACCACUUCCCAGUUUCCUUUCAGUAAUCAUCCCUAAGGAGCCAGGACAAUAGGGCCUGUUGUUCUGUGAAUUUCUUCUUUAUCAUUUCCAGCCUUUAAAAUGUAAUUUCCAUGUCUUGCGAUUUUUUUUUUUUUACUUUUUUUUCCUUCGUUUUGUUCAAAUGUUCAGGUAUUUAGCUCCCCUUUUAUAUUAUUUUAAAAUAUUUUUUUUUGGUUAUCUGUUAAUAGGGUCUUCCUUCAGAAGCAAAGAGCAAAAUUUUACUGUUGUGAUGUACCAAGAGAAUUCUAACCAAUUGUAAUUUUUAAUUCCAGACAACACGUGUUUAAUCAUUGUCUCUUCAUUUUAAGACUUUUAAUACAAAUGUCAUUUUUAAAGAAACAAACCCAAAA